AUGAGACAGUCCUCCGAUAUUACGAUAGAACAAACUGUAUCUCCACUUUCGGGUGAUGAAUUAUCUAUUGAUACCAAUGCCAACAAUGUGGUAUCUUCUAUGGUAUCAUCUCCUAUUGUGUCUGAUCAUACCAUCAUGACAAGAGAAGAGAUGGCAAGAAGAAGCAAAAAGUUACAAAUACUAUCACUUUUAUGUGAUAAUAGUUCUAGAUUUGAUAUUUCCUAUCAUGCAGAGAAACAACUAAAGUUGUUUGUCAAUAGAUCUGGUGGAAACUUUUUAUUAGACAUUUACAGAAAGAGACUUGUAAAAAACACGGAAACAACUUCAAAGUAUAGUCAUGCCAGAAAGCCAAUGGUAAAACAAAAUGUCACUCAACAUUUUAUUAAAUCUCCUCGACCAGUUGCUCCAACUCCAAGAAAGAGUGCAUCUACUUCUCUUAUCAAACCACCAAAAUUAUAUACAGCUUCAUUUAAUAAUAGUAUUAAUGCAGAGAUUGAAAAGAAUAUUAAGAAUAGAAAAUCAACAACAGAUUUUGGAUCAAUUUUUACAUCACCUACAACUAGCGACAGUAAUUUGAUUAAUCAUACUCCAGGUACAGAAAGAAAUACUUCUCCAUCAAACAUUCAAGAAGAAAAAAGUUCUCCUAGUAUGACCCCUAGGGACUCCUCAAUGAUGUUUAAAGUACCACCACUUAAAUUACCAUCAAAGAGUCAGACAAAUGCAUCAGCAACAAGAAUUCGAAGAAGAUUGGAUCCUAAUUUGGUCAACUUGGAAGGAUUGAGACUUAGUAUUGAUACACUCCGUACUCAGUCAAACAAUGGCAAUAGUAUUGAAAAUGUACAGGAAUUGAAGCCAAAAUCAAGUGUUGAGCAUUUUGAUUCAUUAGCUGUAAAGCUUGGUGAAUUAUAUAUUGCCAACGAUCUUACCUAUUUGAUCCCUAUUAAGAGAGAUCUCGAUAUGCAACUUUCCCCAGAUGAAACUAAACUAGAAACUGACAUUCAACAAGUUUCACUUGUAACCCAUGUCGAAGAUUCAACGUCACUUGAAGAAAUGAUAUUUUCCAAGCUGUCUAAUGACAUUUCCGUUCACAGACAUUUCAUUUUGAAAAUGUUACAGGCUGUAUCUAAAUUCCAAAUUAUUAGACAAUUUGCUAGAAAUCCUGUAAAUAUGUUCAUGCAUGAUUUGAGUUGUCUUAGUUACAAGAUUAAUUUAUUGGAAAAUGAAAAGUUUAUCAAUAGUGUUGAAAAGAAUAAUAUUUCAAUAAUUUAUGAUAUUCUUUCACAAUACGCUGCUGAUGUGGAAGCUAAAUACUUUAGACUUUGGAGAAUGAAUAACUCUAAUAAGAGUUCUGAUCCAACUAGAGAUAGAACAUUGAAAAAGUUCGAUAUUUUCUUGUGGAGAUGGACUGGUAUUGCCGAGCAAAGUAUUGAAAAUGAUGACUGGGAAGAAGUACACUACCAAUUACAGACACUCUCUAAAUACCUUUAUUCAUGUGUGUCAAGAGUUCAAGCCUCUCAAUGCACAGCUGUUUGCUUGGAAACUCUCCUGAAAGUUCAGGUUGCUUGUCGUAGAAAGAGCAGAGAUUUCCAAGGCUCUUAUAAUUUUAGAGAUUUGAUCGAGAAAUAUCCAAUCAUGCUUAACAUUGUACAUUUAUUACUCGAAAUUUUCGAUUUUAUUUGUGGUAGUCCUGAAAGACAUCCUUUGUUGAUGGAAUUCUUCUACUUUAAUUUGAUUGAGAAUUUGGAGACUUUCUCUUGGUUGAGAGAAUAUGCCAUCUUUACUCUUAGGGAGGAAGUUCAUUCUAAUGUAAAUACCAAAUCAUUCCCAAUUACUCUUGAGGAUAGAAGGGUAAGAGUAUUGAAACACUACCAAGUUCUUAUGGACUUGUUCCAAGACUUGGGAGAGGAAUUUUUCUCAAAGAAGGAAGAAAAUACCCACAGCGUAAAGCAAAAGAAUUUGUUGAAUUAUAUGAUGAUGAACGAAACCAGUGGUGUAUCUAAUGGCUCUAUGAAUUCAAGUAGAAAUGGAGAAGAAACUUUCAACAUUGAAGACGAUAGUGGUGUCAUGAAACAAUUUGACUUUUUAGUUAACCCAGUUGAUGGCUUAGUUUUGGGAUUCCUGACAAAGGGUCCUAUCACUGAAAAUUAUACAGUCAAAAAACAAAUGUUAACUCUUCUGGAAAAGAUGUUCAGGUUGCCAUAUCUUCCAUUUUUAAGAAUCGAGUCCUAUGUUAAUACCUACAUUAGAUAUCACUAUUUGAAUUUUGUCAAACUCUAUAUUGAUCCAAGUAUUGAUCCUAUUACUUUGGAAGCCUGUAAAUUACACAUUAGCGUCUUGAUUGCAUUUUCAAUGAAUAAGACACCUCAAAUCGUCAACAGAUUUUUCACUAUGAAAGUUGUACGAUUUUUGGCAAGAGAAAUCAACUUGGAACACAAAAUUCAUGAAAAGAGACAUCAAAACCAACAGAAAAUUGAUGCUAAUGCCAAAAUUAACAUUAAUUACGACUAUAAUAAUGAGCAUACAGAUACUUACACCUCAGAUGAUCACUCAGACACUGAUGAUAAUAGUGAGGAAGAGGAAGAAGAAACAGCCACUGCUGAAGACAUUUCUGAGGAUGAUAGCGAUUUUGAUUCCCCAAACACCAAUGCUCAAAAACCUCCUGUUAACCUUAUUCCUGGUCUAAACUUGAAAACAUCCACAAAUACAGCAUCGCCACCUAUCAUCAAGGCACUGCCACUUCCAAAAACAAACUCUACUUCUACUCCAAAAGAGGAACAUAAACCAUCUGCAGAGACCCCAGCAACAGACACUUCAGAUUUAACAUCUGACUCAGAUGAAAGCGAUUCAGAACCUGAACCAGUUAAAAAGCCUGUUAUUCCAUCUUUGGGACUUGGUGGAUUCAAGCUUCCUAGUGUUGGUCAACAACCAAAAGAAAUUGCUCAACCAGAACCUACCACUACUGUUCCUGCCACUACUGGUUUUAAAUUACCAAUUACUAUGCCAAAAUUGGCACUUGGAGGUUCCUCAGGUUCUAAUGGCCAGGAAAGCAAGCCAACUAUUCCACCACUUUCAUUGGCAUCCAAGAAUCAAGGAGUUAUGGAGAACAAUGGUUCCCUUAUUAUCAAUUCGGGCAGAAAGAACAAAGACUCUGCUAGAUCAAGUAAGAAGGAGGAAACAACAGAAGAUUCAGAUGAUGAUGCUGAUUUUAUUAACACUCCUUCGGCUCCUAAAUCUCAUACUGCUAUUCCAAAGCUCAAUUUUUUACUUGGUGGAUCCAACUAUGAUGCCAACGCCCAAACAAAUGGAAAUGCUGCUGCCACUACAAACAAUGAUAGUAGCAACACUACCACUACUACAACAGUUGCUAAACCUCCUGGCUUGGCUUUAGGUUUGAAUCUUGGAGCUCUCAAGACCAAAACUCCAUCUAAUACACCAACACCUGUUCCUACUACUCAACCUACUGAGCCAGUACCAAAUACCACUGUUGAAGCAUCCAAUCCAUUGAACGUAUCAAUGGGAUCCAAGAGCUUCUUAGAAAAACUGAAAUUGAACAAGUCCAAAGAAGGAUUCUCUACAAGAUCUGAAAGAUCCGAAAAUGAAUUCCUUUAUGAGGAUGAUCUUAGUGAUGACGAGAUUCUUUCCAGCUUGAUCGAAUCUACUGUUCAAUUCGUUGAAAGACAUGAAGCUAUGAAGGGUUUGGAAUCUGACGAAUUGCAAUUCUAUGAAAAGGAGAGAAAGAACAGAAAAUUAUACAGAAAUGAUGAGUUACACGUAGCAAUUUUGACCUUGUUGAUGUCACUCAUGAUUACUGCUAACUCUACUCUUGAUUCUAGAUACUGUGAUCAGUUCCCUCUCAAUAAGAACCUUCCAAAUAUUCCUUUCAUGCUUCACUACCACAUUAAUGAUCUUUACAACGAGCAAAUCAUUCCACUGCUCCAUGAUACAAUUGUUUCUUACUGUAGUAUGAAUGAUAAUUUGAUAGGCUUGAAUAUUUUACUCAGACUAUUAUGUGAAAAGCUCUUUGAACCAAACCUUUAUAGUGUAAAGGAGGAAAGAUUGGGUGUUGGUGCCUUUGGUGAUGUUUGGAGAUGUAAACUCAAGUUUACUCACUCUUCUGUGAAAACAGUGGCUGCCAAGCUUCUCAAAGUUCCAAAGAUGAUUGAAGAUGCUUGUAUCUUAUACACUAUUUUCAAUGAAAUUCUUAUCAUGGAAAAGUUCAAAGCUGACCCAAGAAUUUGUCGUAUGUAUGACUACGGUGUUACAAAGGACAAUUACUAUAUUGUUAUGAAGGAAUACAAGUGUAGCUUGAAGACUUGGAGAUUGAAGCAAACAACUCACUUUUUACAAAAUAUUCCAUUGUACAUGAAUAUUUUCAAGAGAAUUUUGGAAUCUUACAAGUUUUUGUAUGAUAACAACAUUAACCACUUUGAUUUAAAGUGUGACAAUAUUUUCUUGGAACCGUUUGAUGGAGUGGAUGAUACCAAGUUCUUUAAUCAUCAAUCUGACAUGCCACACUUUGAACUUGUUGUUGGUGAUUUUGGUGAAAGCUUUAUCUAUUCAAACGAUGAAGAGGAUGGUUACACCACUAGACACAGAGGUACUGAAUGUAUUAAGAGUCCAGAAAUGUUAAAGAUUGAAAUGAUGGACACCAAGAGUAAGAAUUAUGACAGAAGAAGAAAGGUUGGUGCUAACAGUGCCAGUGAUAUCUGGUCUUUGGGAUGUCUUUUCUAUGAAUUGUUGGCAGGUGAUUUCCUUUUUGAUGCCUCUGAAUUUACUACUUUCUUCAUGUUAUUGACUGACAAUAAGAAGACUUUAAUUUCUCAAGAAAGAUUCUUAAAGAUCCAUUAUAAUCACUUCCUUAUGGAUAUUUUGAGCUAUAUUUUAGUGAGAGAUCCACUCAGAAGACCAUCCAUCAAUGACUUGUUGCAACGUUUCUCUUUCUUUGUUAACGUAAUGCCUUCUUGGCAAAAACUCAGAGAAAUGACACCAGAAGACAUUGAAAACGAGUUUAACAGUGCCAGAACAACCUUGACCAGUAGAGGUAUCACACCAGCAAAACCUACUCUCUCCUAUCAAUAUGAUGAUUAUUUACUUCAUCCUUUGGAAACUCCACACACCUCAAAGACAUCUAAUAGAAAUGAGGCUGCAAAGGAACCAUCAUCUAGUGGAUCUGACAAGACUAAGCCAAAGGGUGGAUCAAAUCAAGAUGCUCUCGCUAAUUAUCUUUCUGUUUACAAUUGGACUAAGGAAGACGUUGAAUUUUACAUUAAGAAGGCAACAUUUAUUAUGAAGAAUAGAUUAUAUUUGGUAUCUGACGAUUUGGCAUAUAACAAGCCUGUUUUGAAUAAGCUUGGUAUUACUCACAUUGUCAAUUGCUGUAUUUCUACCUCAAAAUCUCAAUUCCCAGAAAACUUCUUCUAUUUUAAUCUCAAGGAACAUUUAUCUGAAAGCUCUCUUAAGGCAUACUCGGAAUAUAUAAAGGCAUUUGAAUUUGUUAGAGAUGCUAUCAAGAAGAGAGGUAGAGUAUUAGUUUACAGCGGUAAGGGAUUGAGUAGAAGUGGUCUUUUUGUUGUUCUUUUCCUCAUGGAUACAUACAACCUCUCUAGCUAUGAAUCCUACCUCUUUGUUAAGAGCAGAAGACCUGCAUUGAGACCAGAAAUUCUUACACACUUUUUGCAUUUCUUGCUCAAAGUUAAGCAGAUGCAAUCAGUUGAAUCACAAAAGAAGAAGGCACUUAGCGAGCUCAAAACACUUUCUACUUCUGGAUCUCUCUUCAAGAACAAAUCUCCAGUCCAAGCUCUUCUCCAAUCUCCUCCUCAACACAGCCACAAGAAGUUGAAUAAGAUUCAUCAAAGUGUUUCCAAGAUGCUCGAAAUGAAGAAAUUGAAAGAAAAGCAAGAAGCUACUAACAAUGAAUCAUCUUCCAACUCUGCCAGCACUCCUACAAAGAAAGGAAAACAAGAAGAAACUGUCCAUUGGUAUAGAUGUAUUUGUGGUGCUUGUGUUGUUGGUGUCAUGUCUCCAUUCUCUGUACAUUCAUUCCAUGCUGGAAAUAUUACUCACGAACACAGUCCAAUCAGAUGUUGGCCAUCCUUCUUGCAAGAGAUGAAAUUAUUAUACUUCUAUAAUGCUAAUCUCGUUAAUAUGGGAUUCACUACAAAGGACAGAGUACUUCUCGAUCCAUUUGAGGUUCACCAACACUCAGAACCAGUACCGGACAAUCAAUCUGUUGGAGACUAUCAAGAACCAAUUUGGAAAGUUAACAAGUGUAAAUAUUGUGGAUUUUUAGUGUUUGCAACCAAAGAUAAGGAUGUUGGAUCACCUCCAUCAGAAAAGAGUGCACAAUUAUCCAAUCAAGGUUCUCAGGCCCAACCAACACUUAAGAGACACAAGAGCAAGGAAAGUAUCUCAGUUUCUCCUGCUUCAAACGAUUUACUUUCACCAAGUGGAAUAUCAAUUAGAGGAUUUGAAAUUGCUGUUAAUUGUUCACUCAAGACAACCAAUGUGAUUGCUAAAUCCAAUGUUAAUAAGGUUCAAGAUUUGAGACCUUCUCUCUUCUUCAAGGGAGCUAAUGUGUAAUUUAUUAUAAAUUAUUAUACUUGGUUUC